AUGAUAUUCUGGUAUCUGGGAAGAAGUGAGGAAGAGGUGUGUGAACUCGAGGUGACUGAUAAUCAGGCUUGUAGGGUAAUUACUGUAAAUCAAGUCAAGGUGUGGCCUAAGAAAGGCAAAUUAUCUGCUGGCCAACUUAGUGUAAAAUAUGCUAUUGGCGCUGCCAACUGGGUUCCUACUAAUCACACUUCAACAGUUGCAUUUGGUCUGGGAAAAUUUAUCUAUGAUGUGGGUACCAAAACUAUGUUUGACUAUGGUACCUAUAUUUUUUAUCAAACUGUGAAGCAUGCUGCAACUAAUGCUAUAAAGAUGCCCGUUGCUUUCCCUUCUAUGAUUUGUGGUAUUAUCCUCAACCAGUACCCUGGAAUCUUAUCUAGUGAUGAUGUUGCUUGCAAAAGGGAAUCUAUCUUGUCUCUGCAUGGCAAACUGUUUGCAGGUAAGCAUGUCCCAGAUAUUGUCUUAGUAUCUGCUGAGAAUAAAUCCUCUACCAAGGCUAAUUUUAUUUCAGAACUCAAGAAGACUUGCAAGGAUUUGGAUGAGAUCAUUCAUACCAGUACUGAAAGGAAGCUUAAUAUUGAAAAAUUAAUCAAGAGUCUUGAACAUGCUAAUGGUACUAGGAUUAGUGAUGCCAUUGAGGAGGAACUUGUUGAGGAGGAUAAUUCUGUUGAAAAUGAUGUUGCACAUGACUCUAAUGAUUAG